AUGCCAGAAGGUCGAGCCGGUCAUUUAUCUAUAAUAUUUCAAAGUCGGCUUUAUUUUAUGGGAGGUUCUCGUAUAAUACCAUCUACAAAUCCAAUAAAGAGUUCAAUAAGAGGAUAUAAUUUAUCUGAUCAAGUUUUUUACUUGGAUCUUUUAUCAUCAUUCUCUACAAAUAAUCCUCGGUAUUUGGACCUUUCUGAUACUCCUGCUCAAAUGAUGUAUGGAAGUGAAAAAGUAAUUGGUGGUCCCUCCAAAGAUGAAAUAUAUAUCUUCGGUGGUGUACAACAAAACCUUUCACUCCUUAAUCAAAUCGAUCAUAACGAAACAAUAACUUCGAAUCAAACAUUAAUGCUAAAUGAAUUACUCAAUACUUGGAAAACAACAAAUGAAAUAAUAGAUAAAAAUGGAAAGAUGUAUAUAUUCGGAGGAAGAGCUCAAAUUGAUACUGGAUCACAAGAAUUUAUAUGCUUUAAUGAUUUGUAUACUUAUGACACUACCUUACUCAAGUGGGAUAAAAUUAACGCUGAUAAUGUUCCUUCACCUCGAAGUCAUAGUACAGCGACAUUACUUCCAAAUGGUCAGAUUCUUUAUAUCGGAGGUGUUAAUCAGUCUUCUCCUGGAGAAGAUGCUUGGCCAUUAGAUAUGAGAGAAAUUGCGAUUUUCGAUACAAAUUCUUUAAUCUGGUCAUACAAAUAUGCAGAGUAUACAUCAAUUCAAAUUCAACCGAGAGCAGGUCACACAGCGACCUUAACACAAGAUAAUACUUCAAUUAUCAUUAUAGGUGGAACCUCAAGUAACAUUACUAAUGAUAAAGGCCAAUCGACUGAUAUUAAUCCGUCGAUUUAUUUAUUGGAUAUGCCAUGUCUAAAAUGG